AUGGCAAAGAGAAAGUUGGAGGACACUAAUGAAGCUUCUUCUGAUUUAGCCAAGGACGAGACUGAAUUUACCUCUUUCUCCGAUCGAGAAGAGGAGAAAUUGAAUGGUGAAGGACACGAAGAUGAGCAAGAAAAUAGCGACGAAGAAGAAAGUGACGAAGAAGAAGAAGAAGAAGAAGAAUCUAGACCCACUAAGAAACCAAAGAAACAGCUUUCCGCUCAAGAUGUUCAAGUUGCCAGAGAAACUGCCGAACUCUUCAAGUCAAAUAUCUUCAAAUUGCAGAUUGAUGAAUUACUUAAAGAAAUUAAGAUUAAAGACACACAUGUUGUUAAACUUGAAAAGGUUUUGCAUCGAUUAUAUGAUUUGAUUUCUCAAGUACCUGAAGUUAACGAUUUGUCAUUACAGCAAGUGGAAGCAAUGUUUAAUUCCAAGAAAAUAGUCAUUCCAUUCCCAGAUCCAAAACCUACAAAACUUAAUUACAAAUUUUCAUACUUACGUCCUGAAGAUGUUGCCCUUGUUGGCUCGUUUGGAUUAAAGACUUGUACCACCAGCUCACGCUCAAUUGACGUUGCUUUAACUAUGCCAAAACUGCUAUUCCAACCAAAGGACUACUUGAACUACCGUGCUUUAUACAAACGAGCCUUUUAUUUGACAUAUUUGUCGCAACAAUUAAUUCCAUUGUCAAAGAAAAACAACUUACCUAUAAAGAUAUCUUAUCAUUACCUUAAUGGAGAUGUUUUAAACCCUGUGCUAAGCUUACAAAGUAUUGAAACCGACAACCCCGAAGAUUUACAUUUUAAUAAGACAAAAUUCACUAUAAACUUGAUUGCUGCGCUACCAUUCGGCAACUUUGAAUGUAAGAAGUUAUUACCCGAUAAGAAUUGUAUUCGAGUUCAAACCGAAAAUGAAGAUACCGCAUUACCUCCUACUCCAAUCUAUAACUCAAGUAUUUUGUCCCAAACUUCAUAUGACUACUAUUUGAAGUAUUUGUACACCAUAAAGAAAACCACUGAUGGCUUUAAGGACGCUUGUAUAUUAGGUAGAUUAUGGUUACAACAACGAGGUUUUACUUCUGACAUUAAUAAAGGUGGAUUCGGACAUUUUGAAUUUGCAAUGUUAAUGAGUAUAUUAUUAAAUGGUGGUGGUGUUGAAGGUAAUAAGAUUUUGUUGCAUGGUUUUUCAUCAUAUCAAUUAUUCAAGGGUGUGGUUAAGUAUUUGGCCACCAUGGAUUUAACUAAUGGAUAUUUGUCAUUUAGUAGUUUAAUUGGUGAAAAGACUACUUCAGUAUAUAAAUCUGAAGGUUUUCAAGUUCCUACUGUUUUCGACAAGAAUAUUAAAUUGAAUUUAUUAUGGAAAAUGACCAGAUCUUCAUAUCAAGAAUUACAAACCAAGGCCAAGGAAACUUUGUUAUUACUUAAUGAUGUUGUCACUGACCGUUUCGACUCAAUCUUGUUGCAAAAUUCAAACUUUAACCAAUUGAAAUAUGAUUUGGUUCUUAACUUGACUAUACCUGAUAAGCUCAUUGAAUCGUUCAAUCCAUUGGAAAAGAUUUCCUUCAUUACAUUUGAAAAUUACAUCAAAAACAAAUUGUCUAUUAUAUUGAAAACUGCCUUGGGUGAUAGAAUUAGCUUAGUGCAUAUCGAAAGUGAAGAAACCACCACCACUUUUCCAAUCAACAAGAGAAAACCUAACACUAACAACUCUUCUUACAUAAUUGGAUUAACUCUUAAUGCUGAAGAAUCGGACAAACUCGUGACUAAAGGUCCAAAUAAUGAAGAUAAAGAAGCAGGAUUGAAAUUCAGAUCUUUCUGGGGUUCUAAAGCACAAUUGAGAAGAUUUAAAGAUGGUACUAUCCAACAUUGUGUUGUAUGGACAGCAACCAAUGAACCAAUUGUAUUGACCAUUAUGAAAUAUGUUCUUGAUGUUCAUUUAUACCAGGAUAUUUCUAUGAAUUUAACCAGUGAAAUUACUCACUUUAAUAAUAAAUUGCCGGUUCCAUUAUCUGGUACUAGUACUUCGUUGGCUAAUUUCACCGCAUUAAGAAAUUCAUUUGAACAAUUGAAUAAAGUGAUGGUUGGAUUAGAUUUGCCAUUGAACAUUAAAUCCGUCUUACCUGCUUCGGCUGGAGUAAGAUACACUUCAUUAUUGCAACCAGUUCCAUUUGCUGUUUCCAACCCUGACUUCUGGAAUGAGUGUAUUUUACAAUUCGAAUCUUCUACCAGAUGGCCGGAUGAAUUGAGCACCCUCGAAAAGACCAAGACUGCAUUUUUAUUAAAGAUUAACGAAGUGUUGAAGAAGACCAAUUAUACAUCUUUUAUAACCAAGGAUGAUUCAAUUCCAUACAAUGAGAACAUUUCUUUAUUGAACGUCUUGACUCCAGAAGGAUAUGGAUUUAAAUUUAGGGUGUUAACUGAACGUGAUGAAGUAUUAUAUUUGCGUGCAGUUGAUAAUUCUGGUAAGAACAAGGCGCUUUUACAAGAUGUCUACCUUAAAUUCAAUGCUAAAUACCUUGGGGUUGUUAAACAUACCAGAACAAUCAGUGUAUUGGCUCAGCAUUUUCAUGGAUAUUCUGCCACCGUCCGUUUAUUCAAACAAUGGUUAGACUCACAAUUGCUAUUAAGUCACUUCAGCAAUGAAUUAAUUGAACUAAUUGCUAUUAAACCAUUUGUUGAUCCAGCACCAUAUUCCAUUCCUCAUUCGGUUGAAUCUGGGUUCUUGCAAAUCUUGAACUUUUUAGCUACUUGGAAUUGGAAACAAGAUCCAUUGAUUCUUGAUUUGGUUAAAAGUACUGCUGAUGACAAACUUUCUGAUAAAUUAACAAUCCAAGCUUAUAGAGUAAUCCAAUCUAACUUUGAUAAGAUUAGAAAGUCUGAUCCAUUAGGUUUGAAAACUCAAUUAUUUAUUGGAUCUAAAGAUGAUCCAUCCGGUAUCCUUUGGUCAAAUGAAAUCACUUUGCCUAUAGCUACCAGACUCACUGCAUUAUCACGAGCAGCUAUCAACUUAAUCAAGACUCAAGGAAUCACUGAAUCUAAUCUUGAUUUAAUCUUCACUCCUGCAUUGCACGACUAUGAUUUCGUCAUUCAUUUAAAAUCUUCUGAUUUGACUGUCUCAUCGGGUAUUCUCCCACCAAACACAUUCAAGAACUUAAUCCAACCAUUGACUAGUUUCCCUGAAGAUAUCACCACAAAAUACGAUUUAACGCAAGCAUAUUUCUCCGAAUUAAAUGAUAAAUUUGGUAAUUCUAUCAUAUUCUCGAUCAGGAAGUUCCCAUGUAAUGACAAUGUCAUUUGUGGGUUAUUUAUGCCAGAUCAUCUUUCCAAAAAGAAAUUUAGAGUUAAUUUGGGCUAUAAUGUUAAACCAACCGAAGAUGAACUGGUUAUUAUAAAUAAGGAUGCUAUUUAUGAUCAAAUCAAGAUUAUGGGUGGUGAUUUGAUUAAAAGUAUUGAUAUAAAGAAGUAG